UUGAAAUUAGAAUGUUUUUAUUUAAUUAAUAAUUAAUAAUUACCAUCAGUGUCGAGCUCUCUAGCCAGUGUGCCAGUGAUACUGAACUGAGAGUGAAUUUAUUUGGUGAAUUAUCUUACUUAAUGUUUUACAUUUAAAGCUUUCCUAAACAGUAAAUAUUAUUAAGUGAAUAAUUUAGUAACUUAAGGCUAUUCAAUUUUAUCCUUGGUGUGAGUGUAAACACCAUUUUGCCACAACCACAGAAGACAAAGUGUAAAAUUAUUUAAAUGCUUACUUACCGGUAGUGAAAUAAUUGUUAUAGAUUAAAUCUGAAAAAAAAAAACAGCCUCUCUGGUAUCAGUCAUUGUGAAAACUUUCAUUUGCAAUCAUGAUGCAAAGUCAAUCUGUCACUGUAUUUUCUUUUGAUUUUUUAGAUAUUUUUUAUGGCUUUGGAAGUGAAUAAUUUGGGGAUUCAGGAUUAGCCUACAUAUCUUAUAUAACUAUUAAACUUAAGGGUAUUUAUUCCAUAGGUGAAUUAGUUGUUUUACGUGGUGUUGUUGGAGGUAGCUCUGAUUGAAAUUUAAACCUGGAUGAAACUGGCAGUCAUCUUGACAACUUAUGAAGCAUAAUUACUUUUCUUAAUUUGAAGUUUUAUUUUGGGUUGGGCGGUUCAAAGUAAGAUUAGUCCCAAACUGCAAAGUUUUCUAUGAUCCUAUAGAAAAUGUCUUUCUUCAAUCGUAUAUUAACUUUUAGCAAUUCAAAAUCCCAUUUGGUUUUACCAACCAAUAUACAGUAUUUUACAUAUUUUUCACAUUCAGCUAGAAUUAAGUUGAACAAUCAUUCUUAUAGAGAAAUCCAGAUUUGUAGAUGUCAACAUUUUAAUGUAAAAGUUUCAAAUAAAAAUGAUUCAACAAGAUCCGCAUCCAUAUUGUCACACUUAAAGGAUGUUUUUGAACUAAAAGAUGCCAAAGCAACCACUCUAAUAAUCGAGAACGAGUUGAGAACAUUGACUUUUUAUUACAAUAAUCUCCUGAAAGAAGACAAGGAAGAAUUUUUCAAAACACUUGCAACAAAAUAUGCUGUAGACCAUGGAAGUGUUUCAAAGCUUUCCAAACAACUGGUUGAUGUUGAGAAUCAAAGUGGCCUUGUUUUGAAAACAGAAGAGAAACUUCGAGAAGCUCUUGCUCCUCAGUUCUCCUGGCUAUUCGCACAUCUCGGCAGGUUGGAGUAUGGAGUCAAGUUUCUUGUGGAUAUGCGUUGUGAUCUUUUGGCACUCCUGUCAACCACAGAUGCCAAAUCACCCCACCAGCUUCCACUGCAGCAGUUGAGCAAUGUUUUGAAAAAACUGCUCAGUUUAUGGUUCUCCGUGGGGUUUCUGCAUCUUGAGAGAGUUACUUGGUCGUCACCCUGCUGUCUGCUACAAAAGAUAUCCGAGUAUGAGGCUGUCCACCCUGUACGCAGCUGGACAGAUAUCCGGCAGAGGGUGGGACCGUACAGACGAUGUUUUGUGUACACACAUCACAGCAUGCCUGGGGAACCAUUGGUAGUGUUACACGUAGCACUCACCAAAGAGAUAUCCGACAACAUGAAGAGUAUCAUCAACAGGUUCUUUCGGAACGGUGAUGAAAAGACAAACCAAAACAGUAUUGUGGAAGACAAACAAAAUGUUAAAGCUUUUAUUUUCUACUCAAUUAGUUCAACUCAGAAAGGAUUGCAGGGCAUCGACCUGGGCAACUACCUGAUAAAGCGAGCUGCCAAGGAGUUACACUCGGAGUACCCUCAUGUCACGCAGUUCUCCACGUUGUCGCCAAUUCCAUCGUUUCGCCAAUGGCUGUUAGAUAGGAUGAAAAAUGCUGAAAAAGGUGAAAGUGUUUUGCCAUUGAAUGAUUGGGGAGAAGUUGUCAAACUUAUUAACCCCGAAGAUGAAACUGACGCUUGGGCAAAGCUGAGGUCUAUGAUAUCUGACAACUCUUGGUUUCACAAUGAGGCUCUUGUUGAAGUCCUCAAAACACCUUUGAUGAUGUCGUGCAGUCGGUAUCUAUAUUUGGAGAAAAGAAGAGGAUAUGCGUUUGACAGUGUUGCAAACUUCCACCUCCGCAACGGAGCUGUGAUGUGGAGACUCAACUGGUUGGCGGAUACUUCCCCUCGGGGCCUCUCUCAGAGCUGUGGACUCAUGGUCAACUACAGGUACUACUUGGAUGCUGCUGAUAGGAACUCCAUGAAAUACAUUCAAGAACGCACUGUCACUACAUCAGAUCAAAUCCUGAAUUUGUCCUUGGGCUCCAAACUGUGAUACAUAAUUAAAAG